GUGCGUCUCAUUGGCUAUGCAGAGUCGAGUAAAAUCGACAUAUACUGCUGCAAGCGGGUGGACGAAAACACCUUCUGGUCAGUGGCCUUUCCCUGUCAUCCACCGCGAAUGGAUCUUCCCUCGCCUCAAGGGCAGGACCGCAGAUUGUCCGCUGGUUCUUCAGUCAUUGCCACAGAGCCGGCCUGGGUUACGCGCGUGGUUGUGAACAACUGGGGUCAGCGCACCGCCUGGGUGCUGGUCCGUUACUCUCCCUGGACGGAGAAGACAGCUAGCAACGCUGGCGCCGCCACCACUGACUUGCAGGCGUCUCGUCUCACCGUCAAGCCUGAUCGCUUUUUCCUGGCUCCCAACCAGACUGUCGAUGUUCACAUCACUAUCUCUGGUGAACCAAUCGUCGCCCGAGUGCUCUUCUACCACGGAGACGAGGUUAUCCGCCAACAGUUUUGUCAAAGGUAG